UUGUAAAGGUUAAAGCAGAAAAUUUAUGUUUUUAAAACAGACAAAUACCUAAAACGCAUGCGCAUGUAGCCAUAGAGCAUGGAAAUGUGACCGCAGUAUAUCGCAGCAUUUCGCAGCCGAGACAGAUUUCCUAACCUUAAUAGUUGUCAACUUUAACGAUUUAUUUCGAAGCAGAGCGACACUUAUAUUCUUGUCACUUUAUUUUUACGUGAAAACGCAUCAAUUCUGUGUAUUUUUAUCAAAAUUUGAGAUUCAACAUAGAAUUUGUAUUUUUAAAUGUUUGUAUAUACACGUAUUUCCUGUAUAACACAGUAUCCCCACAAUAUGAUUUUACUCUAACAUGCAUAGAGGAUUGAUGCUUUGAUAUGACUAAUGAAGGUAAUGUAACUGAUACAAUUAAAAUAUCCUGCCUAUAUCAACCUCCCAUGAAUCAACUGUGACAAUCUUUAUCUCUUAAUCCAUAUAAUAAAAUUAAAAAAUUAAAUUAAAAGUUAAGCAAAGAGCAUCUUAAAUUAUACAAUAUCUUGACUGAAAAGAUAUCUUCUAUAAAGAUAACAGUAUUUUUCUUAAAGACAAAUAUUGCUUUGCAAAAAUGGUGAAAGAACUAUCAGAUGAAUCUUCAAAAGAGAUACAACGAAUAAAUUCAGAACGAAGGACUCAUUCGUUUAACGAAGAAUUCAUUCGCUUGCCAUCUGAUAAUCAGCAAAAACCGAUGGGCAAGGUACAAAUGAAAAAGCAAUUAGGCCUUUUGGAAGGAGUAGCUAUCAUAUUGGGAAUUAUAUUUGGCUCAGGCAUUUUUAUUUCACCAAAGGGAGUAAUACAAGAAGUAGGUAGUGUAGGAUUAUCUCUGAUUAUAUGGGUACUUUGUGGCCUGCUCUCUAUGGUAGGUGCCUUAUGUUAUGCAGAAUUGGGUACUAGUAUACCUCGCAGUGGUGGAGAUUAUGCUUAUAUUCAUGAAGCUUUUGGCGCAUUGCCUUCAUUUCUAUAUUUAUGGGCUGCUAAUUUAAUUUUUGUACCUACAACAAACGCUAUCAUGGGACUGACAUUUGCUCAGUAUGUUGUACAACCAUUUUUUCUUAAUUGCGACACUCCGGUUUAUGGUGUGCGAUUAAUCGCUGCACUAAGUAUAUGUUUCCUCACUUUCCUCAAUUGUUACGACGUAAAAGAGACAUCAAAAAUGCAGAAUGUAUUUAUGUUUGCUAAAGUUGGGGCAUUAAUGAUUAUUAUUAUAGCUGGAUUAAUCUGGCUUUGCAUAGGACACAAAGAAAACUUUGAAAAUAGUUUCGAAAACACAAACAUCGAUCCUGGAAAAAUCGCUGUAGCUUUUUACUCUGGUAUAUUUUCUUAUUCAGGAUGGAAUUAUUUGAAUUUUAUGACGGAAGAACUAAAAAAUCCUUAUGUAAAUUUACCACGUGCAAUUUACAUAUCACUGCCGCUAGUGACCUUAAUAUAUGUUAUGGCAAAUGUUGCUUAUCUGACCGUUCUAACUCCGACUGCUAUGAUCGCUUCCAAUGCUAUCGCUGUGACUUUUGGAAAUCAACUUCUCGGAUAUAUGGCUUGGAUAAUACCUGUAAUGGUAGCUGUGUCUGCUUUUGGUGGAUUGAGCGUUCAUAUUAUGACAUCAUCCAGAAUGUGCUUCGUCGGUGCCAGAAAUGGCCACUUUCCCUCAAUGUUAAGCCACAUCAAUAUGACUAGAUUCACACCUAUGCCUGCUUUAAUAUUUCUGUGUAUUCUAUCCCUCAUAAUGUUAUGCACGGGUGAUAUAUUUGUACUGAUUACGUACUGCAGUAUAGUAGAAUCAUUCUUCAUUAUGAUCUCGAUAGCUGGAAUUUUAUGGCUGCGUUAUAAAAGACCUAAUAUGGAACGACCAAUCAAGAUACCAUUAUGGAUACCUAUACUGUUCGUAGCAUUAUGUGCUUUUCUGGUUAUUGUACCAUGCUACCAAAGACCAUAUGAAGUUGGUAUGGGCAUUCUGAUCACUGUGUCUGGUAUACCCGCAUAUGUCAUCGGUGUUGCUUGGAAAAGCAAACCAUUGUGGUUCCAAAAAAUUAACAUUAAAGCUACUCACGCUGUACAGAAGGUAUUUCUGUCUGCAAGGGAAGAACUUGAAAUUAAUUAAAUAAACGGCAAUUCUACUUCAUCAUUCAAUUCAAUUAAUUCGAUCGAAUACGAUGUUAUACAUUUGCCAAAUUAUUUUAAGAUUUCAGAAAAACCAAUUUAUGAUUUUACAUAUAG